CUUUCGCAAUCAAACGCCACCAUCACGGCGCCUCGGCGUCGCCACCUGCCCUGCCCUCCCGGCCGUGGGUUCCCACGCUGUCAGUCGCACCGCAAAACAGCCCCUCCGCGUCCCUGUCCCCGUCCCCGUCUCCGGCCCGAAACCGCGCGUGUCGCCCCCGCCCAUAGAGAGCGCAGUGCGUCGUCCUGGUGCUUUGGUUCGCCACCGGAUCACCAACCCAAAUCCUGCUUCUUGGACCGAGCCAGAGAGCCAAAGCCGAGAGCCGAGGAGGGACCGCCAUGGCGACGACGCGGCCGGCGCGCAGCGAUCCGCACCUGCCACCCGAGGAGGCGGCCCGGGUGGAGGCCGAGGUUCGGGACUACUUCGACAGCUUCGCGCCCAGGCGCCCCGCCAAGCCGCCGCGCAGCGACCCGUCGGAGGAUGCCUGCGCGGAACCCGAUGCCGUCGAUGCUGGGGACCACGACUUGCCGGAGCUCCGCAAGCUGCGCGACCUCGAGGCGAAGCCCCAGAAGCUGGUGUUGGACGGAGGAGGAAGAGGGGAUGUGGACGGUGGGGAGGAGUACGUGGAGACGCGGUACUACGAUGGGCUCAUAGGCAUCGACAAGCAGCAUCACACGACUGGUACAGGCUUUAUCAAAGUGGAGAGACCCAAUGGCGGCACCUUCAGUGCGACGACUAACGGCUACUCAUCUGCCAGCUUUGUCCGCUGCACGAGCAAUCCUGCAACAAAUGAUUGGAUACCAUCUUCUGAGACGGUCAUCCCUGCUUCGAACAAGCCCAGCAGGAGCGACUCCUGAGUCCUGACCAGACUUGACUUGCCUUCAAUUCAAGUGCUGUGAAUUGCUUACCUAUCUUUUCAAAGAUAAUAAAAUGCACUGCUUCUGUGUGAUACUAGACUGAUAGUAGUGGAGGACGAGAAGAGGUCGAGACUCGACACUCUAGAAGUACUGGAAGGAAAUCAUAUUGCCGGGCGCAUAGGUUUGAGACGAGAUGUUACUACUUCAACGAAGGAUGUGUACGGGUGCCUUGCUGCACCUGCACACUGCUGUUUGAGUGUUGAUAAUGGACUACAGACCCUGAAUGAAUGUGACUAUGUGAAUUGUUUGGUACUUAUUCGCAAAAGCAAAAGAGAAUAGUUUGGUACUUUGAUGA